AUGAGUACCGCAGCCAGUACCUCCACUCCAGGCAAACGCGUCGCCAUCAUCACCGGGGCCGCAGAGGGCAUCGGGCACGGGAUCGCGCUCCGACUUGCGAAGGACGGCUUCCACCUCGGCCUGUUCGACCUCCCCCGCGCGCAGGAGAAGCUAGAGCGCCUUGCGGAGGGCGUGCGGGGCGAGUUCGGGGCGCGCGUGGUGAAUGUGUACGGGGACGUGUCGCGCGAGGAGGACGUGGAACGGCUCGUGGAGACGGUUGUGCGGGAGCUGGGUCCGGUGUGGGCGAUGGUGGCGAAUGCGGGUAUUUCGAUGAACCGUGUUCUGCAUGAAACACCGACGGAGGAGAUGGACAAGCUCCUGGGCGUGAACUUCAAGGGCACGUUCUUCUGCUACAAGUACGCGGCGAUGCAGAUGAUUAAGCAGGGCAACGGCGGGCGCAUCCUCGGCGCGUCUUCCAUCGCCGGAAAGAAGGGCCUGCCUGAACAGGCGGUUUAUAGUGCAACGAAGUUCGCGAUCCGGGGCAUGACUCAGUGCGCGGCGAUGGACUAUGGCAAGUAUGGCAUCACGGUCAACUCGUACGCCCCUGGGGUCAUCGAGACGCCUCUCAUGGGGUACUUGGACGAGUACCACACCUCAAAAACCGGGCAGCCCAAGGGGUCAUGGACGCAGUCGUUCAACAGCCUGAGCGUGCUCGGACGUAAUGGCCAGCCGGAAGACGUCGCCAAACUCGUCUCCUUCCUCGUCUCCGACGAUGCCUCAUUCAUCACCGGCCAGUCGUACCUCGUCGACGGAGGCAUUUGCUUCGACUAA